AACGGUAAACGUCACAUCCGGCCCUGCGCGCUGUUCCGGUGGAUUUUUGCGCUGUUGUAAGAAAACAAACCAGAUUAGCGAAGAUCCGGAAUAAUAAAGUGUAGUAGAGUGACCGUGUGUGUGUGUGUGCGAGCACAGAUGUCGGAGGAUUUGGUAAAGCAGUUGAGCAGUUAUAGAGCUCAGCUCCAGCAGGUCGAGGCGGCACUCUCAACAGACACUGACAAUGAGGACCUGCUUAAACUACAGAAGGAUCUACAGGAGGUGAUUGAGUUGACUAAAGAUCUGUUGACAAAUCAGCCAGCAGAGGGUGUUGCUAAUGCUAGCAGCGCAGAUGCAGCUCCAGAAAAGACCACCUGGAGGGUGGGGGACAACUGCAUGGCUGUGUGGAAUCACGACGGACAGUCAUAUGAGGCGGAAAUUGAGGAAAUAGAUGUUGAAAAUGGAACGGCUGCUGUAACAUUUCUCGGAUAUGGAAACGCUGAGGUGAUCCCGCUGCACAUGCUCCGACCGGCUGAGCAGGGCAAGACCAGCAAAGAUGAGGGAUCCAAGCCCAAAUCCAAGAAAGAGCUGCUGGCAGAACAGAGGGAGUAUAAGAAGAAAAAGGCUCAGAAGAAGGUCCAGCGCAUGAAGGAGUUGGAGCAGGAGCGAGAAGAUCAGAAAUCUAAGUGGCAGCAGUUCAACAACAAAGCCUACUCCAAAAACAAAAAAGGACAGGUAAAGCGCAGUAUAUUUGCCUCUCCAGAGAGUGUGAACGGUAAAGUUGGAGUUGGGACGUGUGGAAUAGCAGACAAGCCGAUGACUCAGUACCACGACACGUCCAAAUACAACGUCAGGCACCUCAUGCCCCAGUGAGACUCCUGUAUAUAUAUGUGUGUGUGUGUGUGUGUGUGUGUGCGCGCGCUUGUGUGAGAGUGUGGUUGCAGGCUGGAUGAUGUACAGGCUCGGUUGUGUAUCUGCAGCUUCAUUUUAUUUGUGUUGUGGGAAGUUGUUAGUUAGACAUGUAAGAAACAAGAAAUAGCCAAGAUAUAAACAGGAAAUUGAUCAUGAGUUCAUCAUUUGUGCCCCACCCUGGCACCAAGGUACACACACUGACGCUUACUGAACCUUAACUGUACCCCUCAAGCCCAGCUCUGGGCUGUAUGACUCAUUCUCUUUCUUCUACCACUUCUGUCUGCCAUUAAUACAAUCUAGAGAAAUUAAAGAUUAACUUCAAUAAGUAACUGCAGUAACAUCUGCACUCUUAUGUCUUUUUUGAUCAUCACUCUGCAUCACUUUGGUUAGGGGGCU